AUGAGAUUCGUUCGAUUGGUUGCGUUUGGCCAGACUUCGAUUAUUCUGGUUUUAUAUUUCAAAUCUAUUGGAAUCACUGAAACGUUGGUGGGUAUUUUUAUGUCGUUGACUCUGUUUGGAGAUGUGUUUUUAUCGUUCGUUUUGACGUUAUAUGCCGAUAGAUUGGGUCGUCGGAAUGUUCUUACAGGUGGUGCUUUGAUGAUGACCCUUUCAGGAAUCGUUUUUGUUUUAUCAAAUAAUUUCUAUGUUCUCUUGAUAGCUGCUAUUAUCGGUGUCAUUUCUCCCUCAGGCGGUGAAAUCGGUCCUUUUAGGGCUGUUGAAGAAUCGUGUUUGGCUCAACUGGUCUCGUUAGAAAGCCGUGCUGAUGUGUAUGCUUGGAGCACUGUUCUUGGAGGCUUGGGUGGUGCUAUUGGAUCUAUUUCUGGUGGCUAUUUGAUUAGACUGUUACAGGACCAGUACUCGUUUAGUCCUGUUGAGUCGUACAAGGGUAUUUAUGUGUUUUAUUCAGUCUGUGGAGCGUUAAAGUUGCUGUUCACUGUUUUGUUGACUAAAAAUGUUGAACUCCAUCCUGACGAUAAAAAGGCUCAAGACGCAGUUGUUGCUGCUAAAGCUGUUGAUAAUAGAGCUCCUAAUGUGGGUAGUGCCGAGACCGAUGCUCUUUUGCAAGGUUCUGGCCAGCCAGCUCAAAACGCUGCUCCGGUCAAAAGCCAGGGUCUGUUGUCACGUCUUAUGCCACAUUUAUCCCACGAGUCGAAGAAGAUCGUCUUUCUUCUCUCUUGUUUGUUUGCGGUUGAUGCACUGGGUUCGUCUAUGACUAAUAGCUCGUGGACCAGUUACUACAUCUCCCGUAAAUUCGGUAUUUCUGAAAGUUUCCUAGGAUCCAUUUUCUUCACCACUGGCCUGGUCAGCUGUGUUGGUUCGCUUCUCGGCUCGUCCAUUUCGAAACGACUGGGUCCUCUGAUCACCAUGGUAGUCACUCACUUGCCAUCGUCAAUACUUCAAAUGUUCGUUCCAUACCCCAAUACUGUUCAUGGCGCACUCCUUAUCAUGAUUAUUAGAGCCAGUACUUGUACCAUGGAUGUGGCACCCAGACAAACGUUUCUGUCUUCGGUGGUGCUCAAGAGCGAGCGUACUGCCGUCAUGGGCUGGGUCAAUGUCGUCAAAACACUGGCUCAAAUGAUCGGUCCCACCUUCACGGGCCACCUCACCGGCAUGGACAUGCAAUGGCUGUGUUUCGUCAUUGGCGGAGCCCUCAAGGUGCUGUACGACCUCGGAAUCCUGUCCACCUUCCUCAACGUUAAACUAGAUAGAGACCAUAAUUGA